ACCUAGUGAGCUGCAGCAGUCCUAGGCAGCAUUUUUGGAUGAUUUUUGAGUAUUGGUAGAAGAUAUUUAAUGCCUAAUCAUGCUGGCUAGGUAGGCAGGCAGCUCACUAUACUCUAGGUUUUGAGACACAGACGAAGAAUCCCGCCCUGAGUUUGACAAAAUAUCUGCGACGUUACUGUGCGCAGAGCAAUAGUAAAAGAUCCCACCAAUCAUGCUGUCCUCCGCUCUUGUAAGAGCCGAUCACUUCGCAUCUCGUGUCGCUAGAAAAUUCGCGCCAAUUCAUGAAAUAGUCACGCGAACACUGAAGUCGCAAACUAGCGAUUUAAACCUGCAGAGCACUUCAGAAAAGACGGGCAAAAACAAAACCAUAGAUGAUCUACCAGGACCCAGUCUGGCCACUACAGUGUACUGGCUCUUCGUGAAAGGAUAUGCGGAUAAAAGUCAUGCAAUGCAGGUGGAGCACAAACGCCUGUAUGGUCCGAUCUGGCGCUCCCGAUUUGGGCCCUUUGAUGUGGUGAAUGUGGCGACAGCAGAACUGAUCGCACAGGUGAUCCGUCAGGAGGGCAUGUACCCAGUGCGGACGGACCUGCCACACUGGAGAGAGUACAGAGACAUGAGAGGACAAGCGUAUGGACUUCAUGUGGAUACAGGCCCUGACUGGUAUCGCAUGCGCAGUGCCCUAAACCCUAAGAUGCUCAUUCUGAAAGAAGUAUCUGCAUAUGCGCCCAUCAUUCACGAGGUUGUGACUGAUCUGUUACAGCGCUUGGAGCUCUUGCGUCUGCGCAGUCAGGACCAUGUCACCAUCAAUGAUCUGGCUGCUGAGCUCUACAAAUUUGGUUUUGAGGGAAUCUCCUCAGUCCUAUUUGAAACGAGGUUAGGUUGUUUACAGGAGGAAAUUCCCACAGCCACACUGCGCUUCAUAUCUGCCGUUAAUGACAUGUUGACGCUCUCGGAGAGUGUGCUAUUCUUCCCACGCUGGACACGUCACAUUCUUCCGUUCUGGAAACGGUUUGUCCAAGCAUGGGACGACUUGUAUGACGUAGCCCGACAUUUGAUUGACAAGAAGGUGAAGCACAUACAAGCUCAGAUUGAGCGUGGAGAGCAGGUGGAGGGCAUGUAUCUCACAUACCUGUUGUCCAGCAAAAAACUCAGCUUAGCAGAGGUGUAUAUCAGCAUAACAGAGCUUCUGCUGGGAGGCGUGGAUACGACAUCGAACACACUGUCAUGGACCUUGUACCACCUUGCACGUGACGCUGAGGUACAGAAACGGCUCUAUGACGAGGUUGUCAUGGUGUGUCCAAACAAAGAGCUGCCCACGGCAGACCACCUGACCAGGAUGCCCUACAUGAAGGCGGUUAUCAAAGAAACUCUCAGGAUGUAUCCUGUUGUCCCUGGUAAUGGACGCUUGACUGUGGACACAGAAGUAAUUGUGGAUAAUUAUUGGUUCCCUAAGAAGACACAGUUCCAUCUCUGUCACUACGCUGUGAGUCACGAUGAAAGUGAGUUUCCAGAUGCGGAAUGGUUUGUUCCAGAGCGCUGGCUGAGGGGGAACCCGUCUCGCUCUCAGCAUCACCCCUACAGUUCAAUCCCAUUUGGGGUUGGCGUGCGGGCCUGCGUGGGAAAGAGGGUGGCAGAGCUGGAAAUGUACUUUGCUCUGUGUAGAUUGAUGCAACAUUAUGAGGUCAGAGCCGAGAAAGGUGCCCCACUGACACAGCCCAAGACCCGAACCUUGCUCAUUCCCUCUAAACCCAUUAACCUGCAGUUUAUCCCUCGGGCCUGAAGAGAAACCACCAAGAAAUCUGUUUUUCUAAUCAAAUUAGCACUCUUUAUUUUAGUUGUGAUGAAUUUAGUUUUGCCAUCUAUUCCGGCAGGGCCUUACCCACAAAUGUCUAUAUAGGGUAGAAGAUGAAAAUGAAAAAUCAAAUAUUUUAAAAGAUUGUUACAGCUGAGGUCUUGGAUUGUCUUUUGCCUAGCUUGUUUUUGCCAAGUUUGGUUCUAUGCAGCAGAACACUGUGUGCCUUGCAAUCUUGUAAAAGAGACAAAGACCUUUUGUCUAUGUGCUUGUGACAUUGUCUCACUCUGUAAAACCAAGCUCUUUAGCGUCUGAUCGAGAAGAAACAGCAUUUUUUGCUUCUUUCACAAUAUUUUAUAAUUACAUUGUGGAUCCAAUAUGUUAUUCAUAGUAUUUUAUACUGAGAUUAUGAACAUCAGUCAAAUCAUGAUCAAUGGAAAUAUUAAUAAUUUGGAAAUACACUUUUACCUUUUUUAAUGGUCAUAGAGGGAGGAAAAGUGAAAGAUGAUAUAUUUUGUGGAGAUGUUUUUUUUUUUUUGGAGCAUUGUUGAAAGCUAGGGACAGAAAUGCUUCUAUUUUUUAUUUUUCUAAUUUAACACAGGGGUUUCAUUACAAAUUAUAUCAACCGCAUAACAGUUUGAGGGAAACUUUUAAUUGAAAAAUGUACCUUUUGCUCUCAAGUCCUGCACUCCAGCUACGAUGGACUUCACAAGUUUGCGGAAAACCUGAUGAUCUGUGUUAUCUCAGUCUGAUUUAAGAAUGUUCCAAAGAGCAUUCUGUGUGCUUAGAAACAAGGAAAUCUGAACUUUUGCACAGAGUUAGCGUGUCACAAAUUUUCUGACAUUUGAUUAGUGCCCUAGAAAUAGUGGCCUCUAACCACAGCCUCCACAGUUUUAGCAAUAAAUGCUUAUAUGCUAAAAUGAGAACUUUCCUGACCCAUGACUUUUAUUUAAAAGAUUUGGAUUAUUUGUCUUCUUAAUGUAUACAUUUUGGAUGGUUUAUACAUACUUUUUAUUUAUUUUAUUUCUUAAUUUUUUCCCUUCACCUUUACUUGUCUUUAUGAUUGUAUUCAUACAUUGUUUGAUCAUAAUGAACAUGUAUAUUGAAAAAACGGCACAGUUUUACCACCAUUUCUGGACUUUUCAGACGGUCCCUUACCCACCGAAUUUUCCAAUUUAUAGUCUGGAACGAUUUCACCGUGAUGCCAUCUGACCAGCUUAAAUACGAGACAAAUCGCAUCCUGUAUUGAUUUAAUAUCAAUAUUAGGGUGGCAACCAUGGUUCGAAUUACGUGGGAGCCAGUGGGAGCUGAGCUCCCAUAGAGAGAGGAUGAGCUCCCAUGAAAGCAGUAAAAUCAUACACCUGUGGGGGUCUCUAAAAAUCAUCAGCACCAUUAUUUUAAAUUACAAAUAAAGCAUUUUUUUCCUUCAAUAUAUUCCUUCAAUGUUUAUGUUAACCCUUUUGCACGUAUGAUCAUACCAUCAGUAGCAACAGGGUGAUAUAAGGUGGUUUAUUAUUGUCGUUUCUCUACUCCUGUAUUAAUAAACAUUGAAAUCAAAAGAAUCAAGUGCAGUGUUCAGCAAUUAUCACACACACCACGCCUGCUUAUAGGCUACUUUUUUUUUUUUUAAGAGACCCCCACAAAGAUGAAAUCAUAAUUCGAACCCAGGUGGCAACCCUAAGCUGAUCAUCAGAACAUAAUACCGGGACAUUGAAUGUUUUCCACAGUCAAAUAUGACACAAUAAUUCUGCAAAAAUAUAUGGUCAUAAUUUUAUCCAAAUCUAUUUAAAGGCAUUGUUUAUAUGGAGCCAGAAAUAUGACAAAACAAUUUGAAUUUAAAUUGUGUAAAUUUGAAUUAUAGACAUUUGAAUUGGAAUUAUAAGUGUGAUUUUGCCAAAUUUAAUUACGUUGUAUUUUAAAUAGGUUUGAAUUAGAAUUUUUUAAACUCCAAUCCUGGACAUUUCAUAUUUAACCAAAUUGAAUAGGCCUAGUUUUUUAUGGCACAAUUUUAUAAAUAUGUAUUUUCAAACAGCACAUAAAUACACUAUACAUACAGCUUCAGAUUUUCAAGAUGAAGAAGAAAUUUAGAUAUUCAAUAUUCUAAAAUUCAAACCGCAGGAAGUGGGUCAGAAAUCAAGCUUUCGUGUUCCACAGGGAAGAGUAGAGGGUCUCGGAAAUGUCGAACGGAGCAUUUUGGCCAAUUACAGGUCGAGGUGCAAUAAUUCUCUGGCGCGAUCGUGAUUCAAAAGGUCGCCAU